CACUGGCCAUACCAGCAUCAAUCAAGCUAUGAUUAUAAUGCAUAAAGCAGCAUAAACAAGUAAAGCAUGUUUUAUUUUUGCAAGUAUAAUAUGACUUCUUUAGUCCUUACCCAACCGGCCAACCUCUAUAAAUACCUAAUUUUUAAAUUCCACAUGUAUCCUAUGAUAGUGUUUUGGAUUUUCUUAAAGCUUGCAGCUUACUUUCCUUGUUACCACCUGAUGUAACUGAUAAGAUUAUUCCAAUGUUCUUGGAAUAAAUACAAAAUGUUAGGAUCAAAGCUAGUAGACAAAUUAGAAGAACUAGGCUUAUGUGAGCCUAAGUCUCUGGUUGGCUCUGACUUGGACUGGCUAUUUAUUGGAUCUGAAAAUGAAGCCCUGAAAGGUUUUUGCAACUGGUUCUGUGACAACAUAAAUUCUUCAGAUGUCCUGUCAGAAGAAGAGCUGCUUCAGUACCAAGAAUUGCAAAGAACUGGCCAAGUUUUAGAAGGGUCCCAGCUGGAUGCUAUGGCAGUUUGUUUAUCAGGCUUUAGUUCACUGGUGCCUACAAGUCAAGAGCCACUGUUAAAUGUGGAACUGACAGAGCCAGAAAUUCAAACUGAUCACAUCAUCAGAAUUGAGAGCCAUCUCAAAAAACUGGAUCAUAACCUCAAACGUUUGGAGGCAAGGAGAGCUCAGCUCAGCUUGCAGGAUCUGAGUGCUGGAUCAGAACUUGAAGAGCUACAAACUGCUCUUGCUUCAGAGGAGCGGUGUCUUGCCAGGCAACAGGCUGCUGCCUUGUCAGCAGCAGGAGAGCUCACUCAGAAUCUGACCAAACUUUCAGCCACUGUUGUGGAACUCACAGAAGUUUUAUCAAAAUUUGUUAUGAAGAGUGGUGAUGACGAGAAGCUGCUGGUGUGCAGUGACUUGUCAAGCUGGGAGCGUGAGGAGCGUAAUUGCUCCAGGGCUCUUGAGCAACUCUCCUCAAAACUUUUCUCUGUGGAAGAAACGGCUGGGUUCAAUCUCGGCGAGUCUGAGCAGCAGCAAGAUCUUACUGUAACCUGGCCUCCUGCCUUGCAAGCAAGCAGCAUGCACCAGGACCACGAAGCCGAGCUCAAAAGACUACAUGAACUUAUACUGAAGUGCAGCAUUAACUGCGCGACAGCGGAGGUGGAGGUAGCACGCAAAAAAGCUGAACUUCAGGAGGUCGGCCGAGCCCUCGAGCUCGUCACGAGGGGCCAGUACAGCUCGUGUGGGGAACUCAGUCUCAAUGAAGAGGCGAGGACAGCCCUAGGGACGCUGAGGUCGGUGCGCGAGGAGGUGGAGCAGCAGAAGUUGACGGUGGAGACGCUGGUGAAGACGUGUGCUGAGCGCCACAAGACCGCCACUCUCACUACUGACACCGCUGCUCGCCACGUCAGGCAGCUUUACUGCAGCGACCAGCUGCGACAGCUGACAUCGCUUUUCGUAGAGCAACAGGCGCGACACGACUACUUAUCCAUCAUGAUCCAAUGCGAGGUGAUGUCUGUAGAAGAAACUCUACAGCUUCUGAGAGAAGCCACAUCACUGUUGACACUACAGCACCACAGAGCCUUGCAGCGAGCAACCCAAAUGAAGGAGCUCACGUUGCGCGCUGAAGUAGAUCGCACGUUGGGUGGCCUGCCGGCGCCCCUAGCCACAUUGGGUGACCUCCUCUCAGUCUCGGAAGACAGCAGCACAAGUAACGAAGAAGUAAAUAAUGAUGGCACAGAAGACGACCUCUUCGCGACGAUGUCUCAAACAUUAAUGGGGUUGCCGGUGACGCUUAGCGACGAUCAUCGCAUUAAACACAAUUCUAAGGUGGCAGUUGCCUGCGAAGCGCUGGAUCAGCUGCUGGACACGCUGGAGAAGGGCAAGCAGGCGCUCGGUAGCUACCGUCACGCUCACGCUAUCAAAAAACUAUGGAGCAAGUGUGGGCUGCUGGAGGAGUGCCUGGGCGGAUCUGGCGGUCGCCUGCCAGGCUGCCUUCCUAACACGUGGUUGCCUGCGCGUCUGCUAGACGCUCAGUCCAGCCUGGAAGAUCAGGCCGCGCAGCUCAAGCACGAAAUACUGGCGUUCCUCUCACAGGACGAGCAGAAGAAAAAAAUUCUGAUUGCCCAACCUGAGCUGGCUGAGAAAUUGAGCUCGUGGAAUGAGGAACCCAAGUCACAGUGAGCCUGGGAACACAAGAAGAAGGAUUGGUUUAUUUCAUCGAUGAAAAAUAACACUCGGUAUGAAUCUUGGAGGACUAAUUCCAUUUAUUAUAACGCGUCUUAUAACGUUUUCUAUCAUUGUUAUUAUUAUCAUAAUCGUAUAAUGUUCAGAAUCUUAUAAUUAUUAUCAUGUAAAUUAUGAGCACUUCCACUUCCAUAUAAUCCUGAAUUCCCCGUUUUCGUUCGGUAAAAUUGAACAUUUUAUUCUUCCACUUCCUACCAUUUUUGUAACGCUUUUGCUCAGAUGGAGCCAUGCAAUUCGUUAGAUGUAUGAGGAACUGUUAAUUAUGUAUGAGGAACUGUUAAUUUAGGAUAAAUAAUGAUCUUAACGUCACAUAUUUAAUCGUGAACAAAUUGGAAUCGUAUGAGUAGGCACUCUGAACUAGAGUUCUGAACUAAUUAACCAAACUCAUCCGCCCAUCGUUAAGUAUCAAUCCAUUUCUUGUCAAUGGCUUGAAGAAAGUUACGGGGAAAAUCAAUCCUCAUUUGGUAGUGGUUGCUAAGGCCCAACUUGGCAUCUGAUGAAGGUCAAACAACACGUCGCCCAGAGUGACCAGGGCCACAAGUAGGACCGUCAAACACAAUAACUUCACGAUGAGUCCAGCUUUCAUCUGUAAAUAAAGUUGAUACUUUA